CCAAGAAGACGAUGGCUGGUGUGCGGUGGAGCUGGUGGUUCUGUGAUGUUUUUCGAUUUGAGAAAUAAUGAAGAAACCAAUCCGACUCACACUUGUUCCGUUGGCUCACGUACAGUUCGGCAAGCUUCUUUCUCUACAUGUGGCCGAUUCCUAGUACUAGUAACUGACGAAGGAUUUGUUUGUCGAUUUGAUCGUGUAUCUGCGUCUGUCGACGCUAAGGACCUGGCAAAAUUUUGAAUAUCAUUCCUUCUCACCUUCAAUUUUUUAUAUCUCGUUGUGAUUUCAUCUUCGAUCAUCUUCAGUGGAUUUUACAUUACAAUUUUGCAGUUCCUAAUGUCAUCCCCAACCUCCUCUAAGGAUUAUUCUUCACCUAAACAUAGCUUUAUGUUGACAGUCGACAGCAACUUACAAAGUGACAAAAAGAAGACGUUUUUGAAUGUUCAAUCAUCUUCCUCUGCUGGGUCAACCAAGCACUGUCAAAUUCCAAUGUCAAAGGACGAGUAUUUUGAAACACGCGGGAAACUCGACUCUGUUGAUGUUAUCGAUCAAUUCAGACAGCGUCAGCAAUGAGCAUUUAUCGAUUUGUCUGUACAUGCAGUGUUCCUCACCAUUCUCACUCUUGUCUCAUUCCCAUUCUUCUCUUUUUUUUCAAUAUUUUUUAUUCUUUCCUUAUUUUUGUCCGUUUCUAUUUCCCGAUGCUUGUUAAUAAAAUGAAUUAUUUCAGAGUCGCACCUUCUCACGCCAACCAACA